AUGUUACAGGGUUCCUCGGGGUAUUUAAAGCGUGCAAAUACUGAACGACUCCAUGAAAUUUUUAACCAGUACGCCUCACAGGAGAAGAAUGGUGAGAGGUUCAUGACUGCGUCGGACUUUGUACGCAGUUAUCUUGGCCUUUACACGGAUGCCGAUUAUAAUCCCGAUUCUGUCAGUUUACUUGCUGGUAUCGUCGAUACUAGCAAAGAUGGCUAA